AAUGUUUUGACAUUGAUGUUUACUGUUGCUUAUGUCAAAAAUGACGCAAUAAAUAAGAAAAUAUGUGUUUAUGUGCCAAAAAGGUUUCUUGAAAACCGGACGAAAUAGAAAUUUUACUACUUACAUUGACAAAAUAUCAGUAUGAGCGACAAAACAAGAGCACUUAGCAAUGAGGCAAUGGAACAAAUUAUUGAGAAUAUGACAGCAGAGAGGCAAAAUAUUGAUGGGCAAUAUGUUCCUUUGGGCUUCACUCCAUCGUCUUCAACAUCUGAGCCCUUGAAUUGGAAUCAACAAACUAACUAUAUUAACAGAUUCACUCCGGAUGUACAACAGUACCCUCAACAGAGAUACAAUUUCUUGCCUCAAGCUCAACACAUGUUUGAAGCUAAUGGCUACAAGAAAGAUUUUGAUGUUUAUAAAUCCAUGCAAAAUGGAAAUGCUGACAUAGGGUUAUUUGAUACCGAAUAUCCCUAUGUGCCCCAAAUGAUGAACAAUAUUCCAGAGCACCCUCUGCUCCAUUCUCACAUUGAUAAUAUGCCUCAUGUAUCAAAUCCUUCACAAUUGAUAGAUUUAGUGGGUAACUGGAUGGUACCUAAUAAUAGUGGUACAUAUUCUCCAUUUGGUACAUCUGAAAGUUACAAGCCAAAUGUGUUUGAUUUACCAACAGAUCUCAGUAAUAGUGUUCAUUUGAAAGAUGAACCAAGGUAUAAGACUUUGGACCCAAUGGAUGAUAUACAGUUUCAGUUUACCAGAGAUGCCAGAAAACCUAGGAUGGUUGCUGAAGUUAAACCAAUGAGACCAAGCUACUCAGAUGUUCUAACUAAACCUGUACCUCAAACAGUGACAAAACCCUUGAAGAAUGAAAGAAAAGAUAGUAAACCGAAAAAAGACAGCAAGAAGAAUAACAAGAAUGAAAAGAACCAGAAAGUUUAUACUGCAAUAGGGAGAAACAAUGUUAAUAAUGAUUUCAAGGGCAAUGCAGAUGUAAAAGACAUUUCAGGUGAAAAAAACUCUACACAAACAAAAAGUGACAAAAAGACUGUUAAAGGAAAUAGUUUCAAUAGAAAAUGGGCGUCCUUGGAUAACAUCUCCGAUCCUCAGAUGAAAGUUGAAGAAAAUAAGAAAAAGAAAAAUGAUGAUGGUAAAAACACCAUCCAAAAGUCUUCUAAAAAAUUCAACAAGACAUUGAAUGAUGUUAAUGUUGAAUGUAAUAGUUCAAAGUCUGAAAACUCAAAUGCAACUAAAAAUGGAUUAAAAAAAAUUUGCAAACCUUCUGUUAGGCCAAAGCAGAAUGAUUCCUUUGGAAGUAAUGAUAGACCGCCAGGAAAACGAAUUCAGAGGUCUAGAAAAAAAGAAAAUCACAUCAUUUUUGGAGUGGUUGGUCAAAAACUGAAACAAUAUACCAAAGGAUGGUGGAAAAUUUUUACUGUGUUCAUAUUAUGGCUGUUUCACUUGAUCUCGGACAUAUGCCAGUUAAGUCUUCACAUUAGCCGUGACAUGGCUUACAAUACUUGGACGUGGAUCUGUCUUCAUUGGUUCAUGUUUCUAAACUCUACUAAUAGUUUUCUUCAAACGAUAAGAGUUUUCAAAUGGUUAUGUGAUAAAUUUAAAGGAAGGAAAAAAGUCGAUACAUCGGAUGAUAGUUCUCGUUUUACACAUAGUGGCCUUCAAAACAACAUUAAUAUGCCCACAACUGGGGAUGAAGCAAUGAAAAGGUUAUUAGCGUGUAAAGGGAAAGAUCCUUAUAGUAUAUUAGGUGUAGCACCAACAUGUACUGAUGACGAUAUUAAAAGGUACUAUAAAAGACAAGCCUUUUUGGUACAUCCUGACAAAAAUAACCAACCAGGGGCUGAAGAAGCAUUUAAAAUUUUAGUUCAUGCUUUCGAUAUGAUUGGAGAGCCGGAACGAAGAGCAUCUUAUGACAGAGGUGUUGUUGAAUCUGCACAGGUGGUCCAAGCUUGGAGUGAAUUGACAGAAUUACUCCAGCAAUUACAGCAGAAAGUGGAAGCGGCAGCUAAUACGAUUAGAUGUAGUUCGUGUGGUCUUAGACAUAAGCGUGUAAAAAUCGAAAGACCAAGUUAUGCUGCACGAAAUUGCAAUACUUGCAAGAUCCAUCAUUCAGCACGUGAAGGUGAUAUUUGGGCCGAAGCUAAAGUAAUGGGCUUCUUGUGGCAUUACUAUGCUUGUAUGGAAGGAGCCGUAUAUGACAUAACUGAAUGGGCAGGUUGUCAAAGAGACAAUCUUAAGCAUCUACGGCCCGAUUCUCAUCACGUGCAAUAUAGGAUAGCACUAGGAAAACAGAAUCAACCUAGAAGGCAUACUCCAACCACACAUAGUGAUCGACCAGACUUGGAAAAUCUCUUGAAUACUCUCUAUGGUCAAACUGACGGUACUCAAAAUACCCGACGUAGAAAUAAGAAAGGAAACAAAUAAAACAAUUUUAUCUCCAAUAUAUUAAGAUAUUUUCUUUUUUUGCAAGAAAAAUGCUAAUUAUAAUGUGCGCUUUAAGAAUAAAGAUGUUUUAAAAAUA